AACAGGGUGCGCAUGGGUGUGCACGCGUGUGGCUGAUAUGGAGACGGAUGCACGAGGAUUCACAGACACGCAGCUCUGGAGGCUGCUGAAUUGCUUUGCGCACUGCGCUGAGCAUCUACCCCUUGCUGUUGGAUUGUUCCCUCCCCCCCCUCUCAACAGCUGCCUAGAGUUGGACGUUUCUCCCUGUCUCCUCUUCUUCUUUUUCCUGAAGUGGAUCACCAGGCAAGUGGCAAAGCAGACGCCUUCUGAUAGCCUGGAACCUUGAGGGGACUUACCAGCUCUAGCCGGCUUAUCCUAGGAGCGUCUUUGACACACUGAGCUGCAGAUGGCCUCGAAAUCUCACUGAUGGGCGAAAGGGAAAUCGAGUCACAGUAAAGCAGCCUCCCGCCCUGGUACCUGCCCCCUGCACACCCGCUCUACAAGCCAUGGAGGCCACUGACGUUCCGGUGGGGAACCUCAUUGACUUUGAUUCCGAGCCCCCUGCCUCCAUCCCCGCUGAGUCCCCUCCCUUGCCCCCUCAACCCUCCAGUGGCAAUGGGUUACUGGAGGACCUGGGGGACCCGGCGGCUGUAGGAGAGGAGAGUGACACCACGGAGUCGGCCGACAGUGAGAACGACAUGGGGGAUUCGCCCAGCCAUCACAGCUGGAACAACUACCGCCGCUCCUCGUCCAUUGAGUCCUUCUCGUCCAACCAGAGCACGGAGUCAGCCAAGGACGAGGUGAUGGUGGAGCGCCGGGAGUUCAUGAGGCAGUACGUGGAGAAGAUCUUCAGUGGAGGGGAGGACCUGGACCAAGAAGAGAAGGCCAAGUUUGGGGAGCUGUGCAGCGGAGAGAACGGAAAAGGCAGGGAGUGGUUUGCAAGAUAUGUCAGUGCUCAGCGCUGUAACUCCAAGUGCGUCUCGGAGCAGACUUUCUAUCGGCUGGUGCAGUCCUUCGCGGUGGUGCUGUUCGAGUGUCACCAGAUGGAUGACUUUGGUCCUGCCAAAAAUCUAAUGACCAUGUGUUUCACUUACUAUCACAUCGGUAAAGCCCAGGUGCUGCCCACAGAGGCGAAGGAGAAGCCCAUGGGGAGUAUCGACUCGUACCUGAAGUCCGCAAACAGCUGGCUGGCUGAGAAAAAAGACAUUGCAGAGCGACUCUUGAAGAACACGUCAGCGAAGACUGAGAAUGUGAGGGGCUUCUUCGGGGGGCUGGAAACCAAGCUCAAGGGACCCAUGGGCAAAAAAAGCGAGGAGGGGGAAGACAAACCGAAGGAGAAGCUGCGGAAGACAGUUUCCUUGUACAGCCCCGAGGAGGAGGAAGAGGAGAAGAAGGGAGAGAAGAUCUAUUUAUAUAUGCAUCUGAAGCAGCAGCCUAUCUGGCACACCCUGAGAUUUUGGAAUGCAGCCUUUUUCGAUGCUGUCCAUUGUGAGAGGAGGAAGAGAUCUCCCACCACCAGAGGGAACACUGGAGAGGAAGAGGAAAAGAGGGAGAAGUGGUGUCACAUGACCCAGGAGGAGCGUGACGACAGCCUGCGGUUUAACGAGAACAUCACUUUUGGGCAGCUUGGCACCUUCACUCACAACAUGUUGGCGUUUGGCCUGAGCAAGAAGCUCUGCAACGACUUCCUGAAGAAGCAGGCUGUGAUCGGCAACCUGGAUGAAGAGCAAAACAAGCUGCUUAGUGAUCACAUUGAGCAAAUGGCUGCCGAAUAGCCAUCUGGCCUGUGUCCGGCGUUUGGAGCGAGGCGGAGAGGCGCGGCAGUGGGUGUGGGUGCGGAGUGGGAGGACUCCUCCGAGACCACCCGCAACUGAAGAUGGGCUACGUAAAACCACCGCAAUAAACCUGCAUGAUUGUCAGCAAACCUUAGCGCUGCGCCGUGCAGCCCGUAGAAAUAGGAGCUCAACAAAAGCAGCCCUUUUCAGAUGCUCCGUCAUCCCAGAGCCCCGUCACAUUGUCCGAGUCGAAUAUUCCAAGAGGUGUUUUUGUCUGUAAAAUGGAGUAACUGCUCAAGAUCCCUGUGUGUUUAUGUGGGCUCGGGGGAAGGGCAGGAUUGCUGUAUCCCAGGCUCCAAGGAGGUGCCUUGCACUGGCCAUGCUGCUGAAAACUGUUUCCUGAUGUGACUGCUGCAGUAGCCAACAGCGGAUGAGAUCAAAAGAUACUGUAGGCAGGGUGGGGGGUUGGGUGUAAAGGGAGGGAAUAAAAUGGUAGCACUAUGGGCUUGUUACUUUAGAAGGUUGGUACCCAGUGGCUAAUCCAGGUGAAAACAGGACUUUAAGGCCCCCACCUCCGAGAUCAAGAGCUGUGUCCUCCUUGUGGUGCGUCGUGCAUUGAAAGUUUAUCCACGACAACUGCACCAUGCCUUUUGCUCUGGCAGAUUAGCAGCUGCUGCAAUAGGAACCAGCCUUGAGAUCAGAGCAAUCUGUCCCAUCUUCUGGUUUGACCUGCCGUUCUGCAGUGAGAUGGGCUGAUGCCCUUGCAGUUUGUACAGCCCUUCCAAAAGGAAACGUUGAUUGCUUCCGUUAUUGGGGCUAGAGAGGGAGAGAAUUCUUUAGUGACAAAAUCUGGGCAGAUGGGACCACUCUGGUAAAGGGUAGGAGACUGAUCUCGGAGCCACUGCAGCAUCUUUGAUGUCGGUAGUCUGAUUUUGUGUCAAAGUGCAUUUCAUUAUCUAUCUGAAAACGUCCCUCUUGGUCUGGGUGAUAAGCAGGCAUACAGAAACUCAUGCAGAUGUCUCUGCAGUCAGAGAAACGCAGCAUCUGGCUAGCCAGCCCCCUCCUUUAAUACGAAGAUUCUUCCAAGGUGACCCUUUGAGAGCUUUACUGUAUUUGCUUCAAAGGAACGCGGGUGACGUUUGUACAUCUCAGGGUGAGGGCAAAUAAAGGAACUUCCUUAGUACGCUGGAUAGACUGGUGGCAGCCUUGUUCGGGGGAAGCUGUAGUGGUCCGUCAGCUGGAGAGAGGAGGAGAGGGGUUGCUUUGCUUGGUUUCUGUUGGUAGAGAUGGUAAAGCUGUAGCAGGACGACCUUCUCCCUUCUGCCUUUCCUCUUGCAGAUUUUAAAUUCUGAAAAUCCUCCAGGUGGCGCCUUCCCACUGGGAGCUGCUCAGCAAUGGCAGCUACCCUCUUCCCCAGAGCUUCACCCCAUAUCAGUUUGCUUGGUGGAGCUGGGGAGUGUAGUUCAAGGCUGGGACAUGGAAAUAUAUGGGAUGUGAGAGUCUGGCCCCCAGGUGGGGGAGGAACUCUGGGGCAGGAGGCAACCCAAAAAUGAUUGGAGCAUGGCGUGUCCUUGUGACUUUCCCUAAUACAAAAGAAACCCGGGUUAAUUUUCCUACUAACCACCGCUUCCAGCCACCGGUCUUCCAGACGUACCAGACCAGACUGCUGCAUGUCUGUCUGUCUACUUUUAAAUAACACAUCCCGUUCAGAUACAACCUGCACGCCUCCGGGGUGCGAGUGAGUCACUCGGCCUCUGGGCUUUCUCAGUGCCAUGAUACAGAUUGUGUUGUUCUUGUUCCAAGUGGAAACGAAAUAUUAAUCUUAUUAUUUUCCCACAAAUCUAAUCAUCCUCGGUUCUCCUUCCUGACCCCUCCCGUACCAAUCAGCUUCAUGAGCCAUCCUGAAAUGGCCUUGUGUAAAUACUCAUUUUAUUCCUGGCCUUGAGUGACUCCAGCCUCCCUGGAUAUAUUGUAAUCAGUAGAGCAGAGUACAGACUUUCAUUUCUUUCUGGGUCCCUUGUUACCAGUGUGGCAUGCAGUGUGUGUCAGUGAAUCUUGGGUGUCAAGUGUUGAGAGAGGGAUGGAGUGACUAGAAUUAUCUAGGUAUAAUACCAGUGACUUUAAAAGAGGCCACAGACUUUACUAUAUAAACCUUUUUUUUUUUUUUUGGUAGGGGCA